ACUAGGAUGUCACAUAUUCGGCAUUGCCGUCGUACAUAAAAAUCAAUUUUGUAGUUAAAAUUCUUUAAAUAAAAAACAAAUUUCCAAAAAUGCCUUACAUCUCGAAAUUCACCAAUUACGAUGCUACCAAGUCUACGAGUCAAAAAAUCGAAUACGACAAGCCGAACAAGAAGAUCCGCAAUCGGAAAAUGAAAACCGACACUGACAUGCAGACCGACAAAGAAAUAACCGGGGUCAAACCACGAAAAUCGAAUUACGCCAAGGAGAUCGUGCAGAACGAACCGAAAAAGGUGAAGCAACUAAAAAUGACAACUAGCCUACCGGAUUCGCAGACCAAGGAGAAGUCGAAGGAGAAGAGGCGCAGGAACUUGCACAGCAGUUCCGAUCGUCUUUUCGCCUUGUCGCUGCCGAAACGAGUGACCAUCAUGCAAAAUUAUCAGUACUAUCAGCACUUGCUGCCACCGAAAUGCAUCAACAAAUUCAAGGAGAUGAUGAACACCUACAGCGGCAACAAUCUGCCCAUUUGCCCCGCCGAGUACGGAACGUUGGAAUGAUUGGAAAAAUUGUUUUAGGCCUUUUUGCGUUUUUGUUUUCACAUCAUGUAGACUGUAAAUGUUCUCUGUCAAUGAUGACUCUUCAUAAUAAUUUUUUCUGUGUGUGUUAAAUAAAAUUUGGGUUUUCUAUAUA